AGCCAGAAGUUGUAAGAGCCCUAAGAGGAGUAACUUGCUUAGCAAGGCGUGUAGUGGGAAUUGUUGUUAGAAAUGAAUUUUCUCCUAGUGCGAUAGAAGAAGCAAAUUUAUCUGAAAUUCAUCCGAUUAUUCUUACAACUAAAACCUGA